AAAAAAAAAAAACUCAAGGUCCUAUAUUACGCGGUCUUUCUAGACUGAAAUCUCUCAAUACAGGGAAAAACCCUAAAUCCCAAAUCAAUCGCCCUCGCUGUUUCUUCUUCUAAUCUACUUCCGAUUUCAAACAACAGUUAAUCACUUUGCAAAUGGAAGCGAAGGUCAGCGGAUUCUUCGACUCUGUGGCUGCUUUCUUUGGGGGCGGUGAUCAGAUCCCAUGGUGCGACGGCGACAUCAUCCACGGCUGUGAGAGAGAAGUUGCAGAUGCUGCCGAUGGUGACUCGGAGGACCUCAAGCGUGAGAGUAUCAUGCGUUUGUCGUGGGCUCUUGUUCACUCUAGAAAACCAGAAGAUGUGCAGCGUGGGAUAGCUAUGCUUGAAGCGUCCCUGGCCAACAAUAGCACACCUUUGGAGCACAGGGAGAAGCUUUUUCUCUUGGCUGUUGGAUACUAUAGAAGUGGUAAAUAUUCAAGGAGCCGACAGCUUGUAGAACAAUGUUUGGAGAUUGCACCCGAUUGGAGGCAGGCGCUGUCCCUUAAGAAGGCAAUUGAAGAUAAAAUAGCAAAGGAUGGUGUUAUUGGAAUAGGCAUUACUGCUACUGCCGUGGGAGUUAUAGCUGCUGGUGUUGCUGCAGCAUUGGCUCGCAAGAAAUGACAUUUGCCAUCCGGGUGUUCGCCUACUUCUUUUUUUUGUGUGAAAUUGACGUCUUAGAUAAAGGAUCUGAAUAUAGUAGGGUUUGCCUGUUGUCUAAACAGUCGCCAUCUGUGAAAUUAAUGAAUUGUUUUUGAAACAGAAUAUAGCCUCUGAUUGUAAGGUGCAGUUUUUGGGCUUUGCUUGGAAUGUAGUUUCAGGUUUGCACAAA